CGGGGCUCACAUCCUCUGCUCUGCCCGGAGUCGUCUGGGCGCGGGGUCCCAGGGCCGCGCCCCUCACAGCGCCGCUGACAGGGGACACCCCCUCUCAGGUGACCUGACCAUGGAGGGAUUUUUAAAAUCCGAUGAGAGACAACGACUAGCUAAAGAAAGACGAGAAGAAAGAGAAAAAUGUCUUGCUGCCCGGGAGCAGCAAAUCCUGGAAAAACAGAAGAGAGCCAAGCUCCAGUAUGAAAAGCAAAUUGAGGAGCGAUGGAAGAAGCUGGAAGAGCAGCGGCAGCGAGAGGAGCAGAAGAGGGCAGCUGUGGAGGAGAAGAGGAAGCAGAAGCUCCGGGAGGAGGAAGAGCGGCUGGAGGCGAUGAUGCGCAGGUCUCUGGAGCGCUCGCAGCAGCUGGAGCUGAAGAAGAAGUGCUCGUCGGGAGGAGCAUCACUGGCUGCCGGGCCCGGAGGACGUGAUGGUGAAUCAGGAAAUACCCCACCCCCUCCUCUAGGUUUAGCAGCCAGCACCCUCCCUCUGGACCCAGGGACCACUGCCGCCGCUGCUGAGUCAACCAACGCAUGUGACAAACUUUCAACAUCAACCAUGAAUUUGCCAAAGCAGACGGAGCCUCCCAUGAGUAAGCGCCUGUCUUCAUCCACUGCGGCAAUAUCCUAUUCCCCAGACCGAGCUCAUCGCAUGCACCUUAGUCCCAUGGAAACAUUUCUUGUUAUGCGACUGUUGACACCCACACAGGCUUCUUUAGCCAGAAGCAGAAGUACACUCAUGUUCUCUGAGCAGGCCGGUGACUCAGUAUCCCAUACCUGUCCGCGUGUAGCUCCUGCUGGCUCCCUUAAAUCUUCCUACAAGUCUUCUCCCACUCGAAACGUCGAGAGGAAGAAGAUCACAUCUACAUCUGGUGGAGGAGAUGCUGGGAAAGUCGCCCCUGCCGGAGUGGAGGCCUCUCCAACAGAGAAGAUGAAGAGGGGGCCGAGAGCAACUGCUUCUGUAUCCAGCGUGGGCCUCAUGUCUCCUCUGAGAAGCAUUUCUAAGAGGUCGUCUUCUCCUGUGACAUCUAAGGCAACUUCAAAAGCAUAUCCACAAUCUCCAAAGAACACAAAGCCGCCAUACCCAGGGUCUCCGAUGAAGUACCGCCUCCCCAGCUUUUCUGGCCAGGAGACACCCAAGAAGAAAGCAGACAAAGAGAAGAGCAACAAGGAGAAGGAAGGUACCCUGACUCAGGAGGCAGCCAGCUCACCCAAGGAAGAGGCCCCAGAGAAGCACGUGGCAGACAGGCAGGCCACUGAGAAGCACGAGAAGCACGAGGCCAUGGCAGGGAAGGCCAAGAGCAGCAGAGCAGCCUCAGGGAAGUCCACAGCGGGCACCACUGAUGCAGGAGAGGCCACAAAGAUCCUGUCUGAAAAGAGACGACAGGCCCGGCUGCAGAAGGAACAGGAGGAGCAGGAACGUCUGGAGAAGGAAAAACAAGACAAACUGGAGAGAGAGGAAUUGAAAAGAAAGGCAGAGGAAGAAAGACUUCGCCUAGAGGAAGCCCGUAAACAGGAAGAGGAAAAGAAGCAGCGAGAGGAGGAAGAGAAAAGGAAGGUGGCAGAGGAGGCAAAGCGGAAGGCCAAGGAGGCACUGCUGUUGAAAGAAGAGCAAGAAAAGGAAAAACAAGAAAAAGAAAAGCAGGAAAAAGCCAUGAUUGUAAAGCAGAAGGAAGCAGCAGAAGCAAAGGCCCAGGAGGCAGCUAAACAAAUGCGUCUGAAAAGAGAACAGAUCAUGCUACAGAUGGAGCAGGAGCGACUGGAGAGGAAGAAGAGAAUAGAUGAAAUUAUGAAGAGAACAAGAAAGAGUGAUGCAUCUUUGGAAGUGAAGAAAGAAAACCCAAAAGUGGAGCUUCAGUCUGCUCUGUGUGUGGAAAAUAAGGCAGAACCCGUGGUCCCUAACAAAAUAGAAAUCAGUGUAUUGAACACCUGCCAGGAAGUAAAUGUUGUGGAACAUGCUGCCCCAGAAACUUUCCCUCAAGAUGUUUUCACUGAUGAACUUAAACCAGUUGAGGGACUUGUUCAUCUGGAUGCCCUUGAUGGGAAAUCAAACAGUCUGGAUGAUUCAACUGAAGAAGUUCAGUCUAUGGAUAUGAGUCCUGUUUCAAAAGAAGAGCUUAUCUCUAUCCCAGAAUUUUCACCAGUGAGUGAAAUGAUUCCUGGGGUAUCUCUGGACCAAAAUGGAACUGGUAAUGCCCGAGCACUUCAAGAUCUCUUAGAUUUCACUGGCCCCCCCAUUUUCCCCAAGAGAUCCAGUGAAAAUCUCAGCCUGGAUGACUGUAACAAAAACCUGAUCGAAGGAUUUAACAGUCCUGGCCAAGAAAAUACUCUGAACACCUUCUGUUGACAAAUACAACAUCUCUUUAAUGAAAGGUGGUGUUUGGAGAACCCAUGAAGCUGCUGGUAGUCAAAUCUGAGCUGCCGGCCCUCUGAAGAAACUUCAGUCGUCUUUAACUGCUGGAUUCUAAACUAUUAAAUUGAAAUGUAACUGCAUUCCUUAUUAGUAUGUCAAACGCUGGCCACUCUCAGUAGAAGCUUGAGACAGUGGCCUUUUCGGGCUUUAGCAGAGUUCCAUGUUACAGUUCUAUUUAUGAUCUUUAGCUGCUGAUAAAGCGCUUCCUGUACUCCUCUAUUAUCAUAGUGAUCUUCUGAAUAACCCGUGUGAUUUUGACUUGAAAAGUCACCUUAUAACCAUUCUUAUCCCCAAACUUGAAGCAUAUAAACAUUUAGAUGUCUUUUCUGGUAAAUAUUCUAGACAUUUACCCAGACUCUAUUUAAACAUACAUUGAACUUGGGCUGCAUAUCUCCCUGGCUCUGUAGAAGGAGAACAAAUUCUGGAGGGUUUCCCUCAUCUCUGAGGUUUCUUUGCUGGAAGUUUUUAUCAAGAAGCCACAUUUAAUAUUAUUAAGCUUAGCCGCCUGCAAAAUGUGUUGCUUCUCAUUGCUCCUUGGGCGGCCAGCAGAGUGAGUCUGGCUGAGUUAAGGAAGUCAUUGAACAGCAUGGAAGACUGUCUGCUCUCUUAGGCAUAUUCCUCCAGACUUGAGCACCUGAAUCUUGCAAGGACCUUUUCAUGUUGCACCUUUAAAUCUUUCAAGCUAUAGUCACUUCAAACCUUCAGGUGGCUUCUGGAUUGAAUGAUUUGUUCAUCUCCUGCACAGGUGGUUGCUUUUCAUGUUGUUGCUGUUUUCUUCUUGGCUCUUGGGCCUUUUGUUUGUUUGUUCAUCUCUAAUAAAACCAGGCACAAAUGAAAAGCAUAGUGCUCUGAGACAAGGGGCCCUGCACUGGCUCCAAAAUGGCACUAUAACAGACUUGAACAUAAAAACAUCUGGACAGGGGAAAAUGACGGUAGAAUGUAUGUAUACUCCACAUGUUUUUGCCAUAUAAUAGUAUGUUUUCUAUUGGAGAAGGAAAUGGCAACCCACUCCAGUAUUCUUGCCUGGAGAAUCCCAGGGACAGGGGAGCCUGGUGGUCUGCCAUCUAUGGGGUCACACAGAGUCGGACAUGACUGAAGCGACUUAGCAGCAACAGCAGCAGCAGUAUGUUUUCUUCAUUUCUUGUGGUGAAAUGUGACUUUCAGAUUAAAAUAACCUUUUCUUCUUUGAAAACUUUUUUUAUCUUGUACAAUAAAGAGUUUGGAAAGACCCAUAAUUCUGACUGAAGUUUGCAACCAGAAUGUACAAAGAAGUCUCAGUAGUAAUCUUGUUCAUGUGCUCUUAAAACCAGCUACAGUGUAAGACUAUUAGUUACGGAAAUGGUGUAUGUUUGUGUAUGGUGUAUAUACUAAAUAAAAUACAUGCCUCCAAUAAUACAGUGCCAUGGAUCUUGAUGACUGUCUGGGGAAAAAUCCCUUUUAUGACAAGCACACAGAAAAUGGUAGCAUGGUCUGACUUUCAAAAAUGUCUCACCAUCUUUUUUACAGCCCUGUUUUGCUAAAUGUCUGUUUUCUUGCAUCUGUUAUACCUCACAGCACCAUUGUGAUCGUGGUGAUGCCUCAUUUGCAUGACGUGUACAUUGUGUUUACUGUGAAAUACAUUUUCAUUAAAGAGUC